AUGGGAAGGAUGGGCGUUAUAGAGGAGAAGACUAUAGACGGUGGCAUAGAAACAGACGUACAGUCCAAGGUCGCGGCAUCAACAAGCGGCUUAUCCUCCACCACUUCAUCGCUGCGUGGUCGCCCACAUAUCCCAUGGCCUGGUCUUCCCCCUUCUGAUUGUAAUCCUCGUGUAUCCUCGAACGACCGCGUCCAGCUAGUAGACAUCGGCGGAGGAUUGGGACACGAUCUUGCAGGUUUGAAGCGCAAAUUCCCCAAUAUUCCUGGUCGUCUGGUUCUCGAAGACCUACCAGAUGUUAUCGAGCAUGCCAAGGAGUCGAUUGAAGAUGGCAUUGAGGUUUCGCUGCUGGCGCUUGCCCGUGUUCGGGAGGCUAUGGCUGACGACUCGGUGCUGCUGAUUAAUGAGAAUACCUUGCCUGAGGUUGGCGCGUCGAGCUUCUCGGUGUCGUUGGAUAUUAACAUCAUGAGUAUUUUUGCUGCUUUGGAGCGGACCGAGAAGCAGUGGGUUGAUCUGCUGGAGUGGGCUGGCUUCAGGGUGGUCAAGAUUUGGCGCGCUGACUAUGAUGGUGUCUGA